CUGUGGCUACCCCUCAGCAGAGACAGGGAUAGGGGUAAGCUAAGCUCGUGCAGAUGCCUACAGAUGGGACAAAGAUCCCAUUAGAGCUAGAUGAGUUUGGUGGUUUGCCACAACAGAUUGUAAACGAUUUAUGGAACGUGACAGCAAGGAUCAAGUUCAAGCAUGCACUUAGUGAGUUGAAAGCUAAGUGUGCAAAAAGAAACUUUCAAGUUAAGCCUCUAGAUAUGAAUCCAGAGUUAUGGGCGAGGCUUGUUCAUUUAUGGACUAAGGACGAGAGUCAUUUGAGAAGGUCAAGUUCUGCAAGAGCUAAUCGAGCAAAAGGAUCGAGGGUGACGCAUACCAGCGGUUCAAUGGACGUUAAUGUUUAUAGAAAGAAAAUGCAACAAGCAAACCCCGAGGGUUGUCCACCGACAUUUCCUGAGGUCUACACCAAUAGAAGGCAGUAUAAAGGAAAAGGAAAAGAUCAACUACCUAUAUAUUGCAAUGAUGAGGCUCAAGAAAUUGGAAAAAAAUUGACAGCUGAAUAUGCUGCUAGGCAAGAGGAAGAAGGAUUUGACCCUACAAUAGCUCAUGGUGAGUUAUUACUUAAGGCAACUGGUGGGGUCAAGAAAGGAUGGCUGAAAGGUUUGGAUAUUCACACACAUCCAUAGAAUAUAGGUGUGAGCACAUC